AUGGAAAGAAAUACUACUCCAGUUCUCCCAGAUGAGGUAAAAAAGUUAACUGGGGAAAAUACGAGGUUAACGGGAGAAAAUACGAGGUUAACGGGAGAAAAUAUGAGGUUAACGGGAGAAAAUACUAGGGUAACGGGAGAAAAUACGAUGUUGAGACAAGAGUCACUAGUGUCAAAUGGUAUAAGAAGACAUAUGCUGGAAGUUAACGAGAAUUUGAAACAAAAAAAUGAUGAACUUGUAGGAGAGAAAAAACAUUUGUUUAACAGAAUCGAACAGUUAAAGCAAAGGGUUUGUGAUGAAGAUUGUGUACGGCAUGUAAUUGUGAGGAUUUGCCAAACAAAACUGGGUCUGGGUUUGAACCUUUGCUGUCGACAGUUAGAAAAAAUAAUUUCGCAUGUAAACCCCCAAUUUAAACUAGAAGAUUUAAAGUGUGUUCAGUUUAUGGAUGUCUUAGAAAAAUGUGAAAUAGUCAGAAAAUAUGACGAGUACAAGUAUCCUCCUGAAAUGAUUGAUAGGUAUGAAGAGAUGGUUAAAGCAUGGAACAAACUAAUGGCAAUGGACGAUAGUUUACGUGUAGUUAUCAUUGGAAGAGUGAUUUCAGAGGCUAAUGGUGUCGGUCAUGCUGAAUUGUGUGACUUGGACACAAGGACUGCAGAUGGCAUGGUAACGAUCCAUGACGCACAGGAAGAAAUGCAUGGAAAAGGAGGUCAACAAGACUUUAUAAACCACGUAAAAAAUGACGAAGGUGUAAACUUUUAUAUCGUGAACUUCGAGAAACUAAAACAAAUAAUCAAUGAAUGUUCACAUAUUUUACACGUAAAAUCAUCUGAUCAAACUCUUCCAACCGCCGGAGGUGCGAUAGAUGGGAUUUAG